ACCGAAUUCCAAUCUUAAAAUUUAUGAUAAACCCAUUACAACUUAUUUGUUAUCUUAUUUCGAAAAUUACAAUGUUUACUAAUGGAAAAAAAUCUCUAAUGCGGUCAAGUGUGGGAAUUUCAUUAGAAAAUGAUAGAAAAGAUAUUGAGAUUAAUGGAAAUCAUAUUGAAAAUUCUUUUCUCGAAACGAAACAUGAGCACUCAUCGGUGCACAGCUGAGGACGAUGAUGAUGCCUAUGCAGGUACUGGCCUGGUGGGGGUGAACUACGGCCUGGUCGGGGACAACCUCCCUGAACCGUCUGCAGUCGUUGAACUCUGCAAGUCUAACAACAUCCAAAGGAUUCGGCUAUUCGAACCCAACAUCCCGGUCCUGGAGGCCCUCAGGCAGUCGGGCAUCGCAAUCGCAGUAGGGGUAAAGAAUGAGGACCUCCAGAACCUCGCAGUUGACCAAGCUGCUGCAACCACUUGGAUCGCAAACCACGUCACACCCUACAUCAAUGACAUCAACUUCGAUUAUGUUGUGGUCGGCAAUGAGGUCAGCCUCGCCGAUGAGGGCAUUAAUGUUGCCCCUGCAAUGCGGCAUCUCUAUAAUGCUCUCCAAGACGCCGGCAAGAGCGCCGUCAAGGUGACCACAUCCAUCGCUCUAGACAGCCUCUCAAUAUCCUAUCCCCCUUCUGCUGGUGCAUUCUCCACAAGUGUCGUUGCCCCCAUGGAAAUUAUAGCCUCCUUUUUGAUCAGCACCUCCUCCCCCCUCAUGUUGAAUGCAUACCCUUACUUCGCGUACGCUUCUGACUCCCAGCACAUCUCCCUCGACUACGCCUUGUUCCGGCCGAGUGCUCCAGUGGUCCAAGAUGGCAACCUUAGCUAUCACAACAUCUUCGACGCGAUGGUGGAUGCACUGUACUCGGCCCUGGAGAAAGUGGGAGGGAGCGCCCUCAGUAUUGUGGUCUCGGAAAGUGGUUGGCCGAGCGCCGGGAACGGUAACUUUACGACAGUGGCGCUAGCUCAGGAGUACAAUACCAACCUGAUAUCUCAUGUAGCAGCGGGGCAGGGCACACCAAAGAAGCCUGGGUUUGCAACACGCACAUAUUUAUUUGCCUUGUUCAAUGAGGACCAAAAGUCCCCUGGAGUGGAGGAAAACUUUGGGCUGUUCUAUUCCAACAUGAAGCCGGUUUACCCAAUCACCUUCCCUUAAAAUGAGAAUUAUCAUGUUUUAUCUUUGUUUGUAUGUUUGUUGAAUAAGCCAAGGUUUUAUCUUUAUUUAAUUCAACAUGGUUUUAUCUUUAUUAAAGAGCAGGUCUUCUUC